AUGGCCAUCGCUGGCGCCCAACGUAAACAAGUCCUCAAGGUGUUGAUGAUCUCACUGCUACUAGAUCUGAUCUCCUUCACCUUUAUCCUCCCACUUUUCCCCUCCCUGCUAUCGUUCUACCGCACUCAAGAUCCCUCGCCAAACUCUCUCCUAAACCGCAUCUUCCACUACCUAAACGCCUACAAGAAUUCCUUCGCUAAACCCAUCGACUCCCGCUAUGAUAUCGUCCUCCUCGGCGGCGCCCUCGGCUCCCUCUUCUCCUUGCUCCAAGCCUUCGCCGCACCAGUCAUAGGACACCUCUCCGACCGCUAUGGCCGUCGCCGCGCCCUGUUAACAGCAAUGCUCGGAAACGUGGCUAGCGUCGCGCUCUGGGUGUCAGCAACAGACUUCCGCACGUUCCUAGCCAGCCGUGUCGUCGGUGGUCUCAGCGAGGCAAAUGUCCAAAUGGCCAAUGCCAUCGUCGCGGACGUAACCGAUGAAUCGCGUCGUGGCGCGUCAAUGGCGCUCGUUGGAGCUUGUUUCAGUAUCGCCUUUACCUUCGGUCCCCUGCUUGGCGCCGGCUUGAGUACCGUUCAGAUCGUCACAGAGAAUCCGUUCAUUACCGCAGCGCUUGUCUCGCUUGCGUUGAUUGUGUUGGAGACGGGGUAUCUUUGGGCCUGUCUGCCUGAGACGCACCCGCGUUUUACGACUCUUAAGCAGGAAAAUGAGACUGAGGACAAGAGCAAGGUUGAGGAGAAUGCGAAGUCUACGACACCGAGGGAAUAUACGAAUAACCCGGCUACCCUCAAUGCUAUUCAUUUCCUCUUUCUGCUUCCUUUCUCGGGGUUGGAGUUCUCGUUGCCUUUCUUGACGACCACUCUCUAUGCAGGAUCCACUACCAGCCCCGCGGCGCUGAACGGCCGUCUACUCUCUCUGAUGGGUCUGAUUGCGUCCAUCCUCCAGGGAACGGUCGUUCGUCGUUUACCGCCGCUGGUCACGAUGCGCGCUGGUGUCGUUGCUUGUGCAUUGUCUUUCUUCUGUCUAGCUCACGUCUCCACGCCAAGGGGCCUCUACGCCGCGGGUGGUCUUCUAGCUGUGACAACCGCUACGGUUGUUACUAGCCUGAACAGUCUGGGUAGUUUUGAGGCCCGUGACGCUGAUCGUGGUGCUGUUAUGGGUCGUCUUCGUGGCUGGGGCCAAGCUGGACGCGCUACUGGACCGAUUUUGUUCUGUACAUUGUUCUGGUGGGCUGGGCGUGAGACUGCAUAUACUGUGGGUGGUGUGGUGAUGUGCAUUGUUUUGGUCGCUGUCUUCGGGUUCUUGAAGUCACCUGCUGUUCAUUUGAAAAAAGAGUAG